GACGGAGUUUUCAUGUUUCGCAUUUCUUGUUUUUUUUCUGUUAUAGAAAAAGUCCAAAAAUGAAUAAAAUUAUAAAAUUUUUAAUAACGUCAGCAAGUUAUUUAUUUUUUCGAGUGAAGAAGCUCUUUAUCCCUUCGGCUGCGAGUCUUAGUCAUAACACCGUUGAACAAAAAUGACGAUCGUGGACAGCAUACACGGGACGGUGACGUACUACUGCUGGUGGUCCUUGUUCUACGCACUGGGCCCGAUGAUCUGGUUCUAUCCGCUGAACGAAUUAGAUAUCACGGGCUACGAGGCAUUCGCUGCAAUAUGGCUGAUCCCGAUUAUCACGGCGGGCGCUUUCGUGCGCAGAGUGUUGUUCUCCGAACGCGGCAGUGUGGCUCUGGAGUUGGGCAUGAUGGCGGGGAUUUAUUCCUUUCAAAUGCCGUCGACAUUAUCGCGACUGCAAGUGUUGAGCGCGGGCAACGGCGCGGCGAUGCUGUACUUUUGCGGGAAACUAUUCGCCGGCAGCCGGGAGACGCGCAUCCGGCAGUUCUGGCUGCUGAUGGGUGGCCACUUUAUUUUUCUGGCGUCGCGCCUAAUUAUGACCAGCAUCGCGCCGGCCUGGGCCGAUCACCGGACCAACUGGAUGAUUUUCAGCAUUUUUGCCGUCAGUAUUAUCACCCGCGUUCUCCUGAAAUUGGCCGGAUUUGCACCGUCUGAAAAUAAAGAAAAUACCGCUUCCGGUGGCGCGGCUGGCCAGCGUUCCAAAAUCUCCAGCCAUGCAGCGGCGGCCCCGCCCGCACCGCUUGCCUCGACCUUCCGGCAGAUAACCUGCGGCCUGCUCACCGGCAGUCUUUUUUACUUAACCCACUGGAUUUUCGGGGAGCUGGGCGUCCUCUCCCGGUGGGCGGUGCGCGGCGUCACCGCCCCGCCCUCCCCCCUCUCCCCCUUCCACACCGCGCCCCUCGUCCUCCUGGCCUUAUCCACCGGGAUGUUCCUGCCCUACUUCCACACCAAAACCACUUCCUCCUUUAAUUUUUGGCUGGCCGGGACGGUGACGUUUUUCGGGACGUACUUCCUGCACGAAUAUGCGGGAUUCUUCUGCGGAUUAUUCCUGGCGGUGUGGUGCUCGGUGGUGUGGGUGUGGAGUGUGCGGCGGUGGUGGGCGGUGGGGGACAACCCGGCGCUGGUGAUGACGGUGGCCAUGGUGACGUAUCUGGCGCAGAUCUUCUUCCAUGUGUGGACCGUGGCGUAUAAUUUCGUCCCGGGGGGCGUGUACACGCGGGAACGCUCGGAUGCGCUCAUUGGCGUGAUGUGCCUGGCGAUGCUGACGGCUUUCGGGAAAUUCGAGGGAUCCAUCCGGGAUCUCCGGCCGCCGAAUUUCUUCCGCUUAACCGUGUUCAUCGCGCUGAUCGUGGCCGGCGCGGCGACGGUGUACCGGCUCCCGCGGCAACCGCAGCCGAAGAAUUUAAAUCCCGACACCCGCGAUCUGUCCGCCGUGAUCUGGACGUUCCACUUCGGGUACGACAACCAGGGCUGGCCCAGUCUGCACCGUGCCGCGGAUGUUCUGCAGGCGACCAACGCCGACGUGAUCGCCUUGCUGGAGAGCGACGCCAGUAAACCCUACCUCGGACACAACGAUCUGGCCCUGUGGCUCAGCGAGACACUGGGCAUGUACGUCGAUUUCGGCCCGGCUACCAAGGACCAUACAUGGGGCAAUCUAUUACUGUCCAAAUACCCCAUCGUGACCUCCACCCACCACCUGCUCCCCUCGCCGGAAGGCGAACUGGCCCCGGCCAUCUCCGCGGUGCUCAACGUCUCCGGCCACUUGGUGACCAUCAUCUCCACCCACAUGGGCAACGACCGCGACCACCUGGACCGGGAGUUACAAACCCACUACCUGGCCAACCUCUCCGCCAGCUCCCCGCAUCCGGUCAUCUUCCUGGGCUACGUCACGUCCAAACCCUUCAGCCGCGAUUAUCUCCACUUGACGGAACAGGGAAGACUGAAGGAUAUUGAUCCCACGGAUCGGCAGCGCUUCUGCGAGUAUAUCAUGUACCGCGGUCUGGGGCGGGUGGGCUAUGCGCGCAUCUCCCACGGGGGCCUGUCGGAUACGGAGCUGCAGAUGGGCCGGUUUGUCGUCGGAUCGGAGGCGGGGGAAGGGGUCGUGGAGACGCGGGAGGAUGCGGUGCCGGCGUGGAUGCGCUUUUCUCCGCGAUUCGGCGGCUUCACGCCGGGACACUACGCGCCGUGGCGGCAUCACUACCACAUGAGUACGCCCAAGUAUUUCCUUGAUAAAACCGGCAGCUAAGGAAUGCGGUGCCUUUUUUCUUGGUGUACCUUGUAUAUGGACCAUGACAGUGAUUUAUAUUUAUUGCCGGUGUCGCCGUGGAGAAAUUGUUGGUUUCUAUAUUUUCUGUUGAUUAUGUGUUGGCAGCUCGGAGGACUAUCGUAACAACAGUGUUAUGCGAAA